UCUUUUUGGCCUUAGCGAAUUAUUUUACACAUACCUUUUGUAUCAGAACCAUCAUGUUAAAGAAGAAUUUAUUGUCGGUCCAAAUGCCCAUUAUAAUUUUUGGAACAACAUUCAAAAUCCAAAAAAUCUGCAAAUCUAUACAAAAGUUACUUUCUUUAAUGUUUCCCUUUCUUUCUCUUGUCAAACUAUGCAAGAAUUUCGUAUAAUGUAAUAUUCAACUUCAAGAAAACUCCAAUGCCAUUUUUUAAUGGAAAAUCCAAAGCUCAUGGUCCUCUUCUUUCUCCUCAUCCUCCUGCCCUCACCACUCUCCACAGUGGUUAAGGUUGAACAAGGCAAAGAUGAGCCAUAUGUGGGAGUGAACGUAGGCACAGAUUUUUCCGACGUGCUUUCACCAGAAGAAUUGGCUUCUUUUCUGCAGUUACAAAAGAUAACACAUGUAAGGCUGUACGAUGCUGAUGAUAAAAUUCUCAAGGCACUGGCAAAAACCCAUAUUAGAGUCAUUAUAAGCGUUCCCAACAACCAGCUUAUUGCAAUUGGGUCCUCCAACGCUACCGCCGCCGCCUGGAUUGGCCGCAAUGUGGCGGCGUACUACCCGGAAACACUCAUCACCGCCUUGGCAGUGGGUGAUGAGAUCUUGAGCACUAUUCCAAGUUCAGCUCCUUUGCUUAUGCCAGCAAUUGAGUCUCUCUAUAGUGCUUUAGUGGCUGCAAAUUUGCAUACCCAAAUCAAGAUUUCAAGUCCCAAUUCUUUUUCCAUUGUUCUUGACUCAUUUCCACCUUCCCAAGCACAUUUUAAUCAAACUUUAAGCCCUGUUAUUUCCCAGUUGUUGAAGUUUUUGUCAAGAACCCAAUCACCUCUGAUGAUGAACUUGUACCCUUACUAUGUGUUUAUGCAGAAUAAUGGGGUUGUACCUUUGGAUAAUUCUUUAUUCAAACCCUUAACACCCACUAAAGAAAUGGUUGAUUCCAAUACUUUGCUGCAUUACACGAAUGUUCUCGAUGCCAUGAUUGAUUCUGUGUAUUUUUCUAUGAAGAAUCUUAAUGUCACUGAUGUAGGGGUACUUGUUACUGAAACUGGGUGGCCAACAAAGGGAGAUUCAAAGGAGCCUUAUGCAACAAUUGAUAAUUCAAAUACGUAUAACUCGAAUUUGAUUAAGCACAUUCUUGAUCGAAGUGGAACGCCGUUGCACCCUGAACUCACUUCUAGUGUGUACCUUUAUGAAUUGUUCAAUGAGGACUUGAGGUCUCCUCCUAUCUCGGAGGCACAUUGGGGGCUUUUUUAUGGGAAUUCGACCCCUGUUUACUUGCUUCAUGUGUUGGGGAGUGGCUCAUUCUUGGCAAAUGAUACCACGAAUCAAACUUAUUGUAUAGCAACCAAUGGGACUGAUACAAAGAUGUUGCAGACAGCGUUGGAUUGGGCAUGUGGACCGGGGAGGGCAAAUUGUGAAGAGAUCCAGGCAGGGGGAAAUUGUUAUCAACCUAAUAAUGUGAAUAAUCAUGCUUCUUAUGCAUUUGAUAGCUAUUAUCAGAAAGAAAAGAAGGCUCCUGGUUCUUGUGACUUUAAGGGUGCAGCCAUGAUCACUACAACUGAUCCAAGUAAACUCUUUGCUUGAUGAUCAUACUAGGUCACGGGAAUUGUAUAUUUCCUGGAAGCAAAAAGGUAAGCAAAAAGACGAGGCAGGUAGUGAACUCGACACGAGCAAGUGGUGCAGGCACUGUGAGAUUCUUCGGCAUUCCAAUAAGUUCCUUCAAUAAGGAUAUACAUAUGGUGUUCUAUUGUGUUGUUUUUUGUUGGUUUAGCUUAUUCCUUUCAUGAAAAGAAUUGAAGGUACAACUGAAUAAUUUAAGCUUUUGUUAGACAAAGUAUCCACUGAUUUAUAGUGCAUUUGUUUGUUAUGUUGUACUUUAUGAAUGACUGAAAGUUGCUGGGAUCAUACUGUUCUAAAGAAAACAAAGAGAAAAAGUUGAGGU